AUGGCGUUUGAGGGGUCCGCGCGCGUGCUUGCGGCCGCGGCUGAGGUGGCGAAGUCGGAGCCCGCGGACGACAAGAUAGUCAGCGCCCAGAUACUGAUCCUCUGGGUCCUCUUGCUGGUGUGCGUCAUCGUCGCCUACUUCAUCAAGCGCUACCGAGUGACGGCGAUCACGCCCUCCGCAGCCGCGCUCCUCAUCGGCAUCCUGUUCGGCGCAGCGCUGCGUGCUGCUCCGAAACUGCAGGACUUGGCGGAGGGCCUCCGGUUCGACGCCCAGAUCUUCUUCUACGGGCUGCUCCCGCCGAUCGUCUUCGGCGCGGGCUUCAACCUCAAGAAGCGCUCGUUCUUCCGCAACGGGUUCGAGAUUCUGUGUCUGGCCGUGCCGGGCACCUGCAUCUCCGCGCUCCUCUUCGGCGCCUCCACCAUGGCGCUCAGCAAGGUCGGCGCCAUCGACCAGGCGCUCCUCGGCAAGAAGCCGUACGUCACGUCCAUGAUCUACGGCGCCCUCAUGGCGGCGACGGACCCCGUGGCGACGCUCUCGGUCUUCGACGGCGUGGCCGUCCCGAGCACGCUGUACAGCCUCGUCUUCGGCGAGGCCGUCCUGAACGACGCCGUCGCGCUCGUGCUCUUCAAGGCCUUCGUGGAGUACUACAGACUCCCCCCGGAGGAGUCCGAGAUCUCCGGGUGGGCCUCGCUGGCCAAGGACGGCCUCGACAUCGCGGCGCGCAGCGUGGGGAUCAUGCUCGGGUCCUUCGCGGUCGGCGUCACCAUCUCCCUCGCCGCCGCGCUCCUGCUCCGCCGCCUAGCCAUGUCGCGCGCCGAGUACGAGAUGGACGGCUCCAUGUACGAGGCCUGUCUCGUCGCGCUGAGCGGCUACAUGGUGUACCUCGCCGCGGAGGCGCUCGAGCUGUCCGGCAUCGUGGCGCUGUUCUUCGCCGGCGUCGUGCACUCGCACUACACCUACUACUCGCUCCACGCGGACGCCGCGGUCACGCUGCGCCGCAUGGUCGACUCCGGCGCCUUCCUGUGCGAGAUCUUCGUCUUCGGGUACAUGGGCACGCAGCUCGUCGGCGUCCGGCACGUGUGGGACAUCGGCCUUGUCGCCAGCGUCAUCCCGCUGUGCCUGCUGACGCGCGCGGCGAACGUCGUCCCCAUGACGGCGCUCGCGCAGUGGGCUACGAAGCGCUGGCUCCCGGCGAACAUCCGCGUCAUGCAGUGGGCGUCGGGGCUGCGCGGCGCCAUGGCGUAUGGCAUGGCGGUCAACAUGCCCAGUUUCGACCCCUACCACUCCGACGAACGCACCGCGAACCCCGCGAUCGAGAGCACCGUGCUCUUCGCCGCCGUGUUCAGCACGCUCGUGUUCGGGUCCGCCACGCGCCCGCUCCUCAACCUGCUGGGACUCAACCUAGACCACAGGGACGUGCGGCCCGCGGGGGCGCGCCCGCGGCCGACGGGCGACGCGCCGUCGGAGCGCGGGCGGCCCGGGGGCGCGGACCGCGUCAGCGACCGCAGGAGCCUCUCGCCCGUCUCGCGCGACUCCACGCUCACCCGCGGCGCCGCCGUCUCCGCGCACGGCCCCGCGCCGCCGCGCAGCAAGCCGCCGCGCCGCAAGACCCGCGGCCUCCUCCUCUGGUGGCGCAACAUCGACGAGAAGGCCAUGAAGCCCCUCUUCGGAGGCCUCCCACGCAAGUCCGGCAACCCCGCCGCGGCCGCCGCCGUCGCCGCGGGCCAGGCGCCGCCGCCCGUGCGGCCCCCGAUCCGUUCGUUCCUCUCCUUCCGCCGCGAGCUCGGCGCCGCGCUGCUCGGCCGCGUGUCGACCUCCGUCGACGCCCCCGCGGACGCGCGCCCGUCGGUCAGCACGGAGCCGACCCCGCGGCCCGCGCCGCAGCGGGAGGUGUCGUGGCGGCACGGUCCGCACUACCACGACGCGGGCGGGUGCUUCCCCGAGGCGGAGUCGGAGUCGGACGACGACGAGGUGGCGGGCGACGCGCGACAGGGCGCCGGGGGGUACACGAUGUCCGCGGUGAUCGAGGGCGACGAGGAGGCCGGGGAGGGGCUGGGCGAGGGGCUGCGCGAGGCGCUGCUGCGGGGCGGGGGCGCGGGCCCGGGCCCGGCGUGA